CGCAAGCAUAUCAUCUUUUAAUCUCCAGAUACCUUCAUUUUCAUUGGGAUCGUAUCAUUCCAGGGUAUAUCUCCACUACAUUCAACGCCAGUAGUAUUUUUAUCCCCAUCUCCCCAGCAAAUAUUCUAUGAUACUACCAUGAGCAGUCCAAACCCCACAGAUACGGUUAAACCUCCUCCCAAGAAAUGGGUCAAAACAUUAAAGGUCGUGAUCAACUACAUCAUAUCACAAUGGUUCUUUGUAUUUCUUGGUAUCUUCAUUAUGCUAGCAUACUUUUUCCCCAACUUCGCCAAACUGCACGGUACUCUCAAAGCUGAGUACGUUAUCAGUUAUGGGGCAGUGGCAGUCAUCUUUCUUGUCAGCGGGUUAUCGAUGCUGACUAAAGACCUCGUAAAGAACAUGCUUAACUGGAGAGCGCACUUCACGGUGUUGUCGAUGUCGUUUUUGAUCACUUCUGCCAUUAUUUUUGGGAUUGCUACCGGCAUUAAACAUGCUCACGAUGGAGCCAUCGACCCGUACUUGUUGGUGGGACUCAUCGUCACCCAUACGUGUCCCACCACUGUAUCAUCGAACGUGGUGAUGACCAAGGCGGCCCAUGGCAACGACAUUCUCACGCUUUGUGAGGUGUUCAUUGGUAACAUCCUCGGUGCCUUUAUCACUCCAGCUCUUGUCCAGCUCUAUUUACAAGGAGAAUGGGCAUUCGGCAAUCCUUCCAAGCAACUGGGUGGGCCUGACCUCUCGGUGUCGCAGUUGUACGCCCAGGUGAUGAAGCAGUUGGGGUUAUCGGUGUUUGUGCCGUUAUUUGUAGGCCAAGUGAUCCAAAACAUUUUCCCCAAACAGACAAAAUGGACGCUAACCACAUUCAAGCUCAACAAGGUGGGGUCAUUUAUGUUGAUUUUGAUCAUGUGGCAGUCGUUUUCAACGGCAUUUGCCCAGAAUGCAUUUGAGUCGGUGAGCCAUGCUUCUAUCAUCUUCCUUUGUUUCUUCAACGUGGGAAUCUAUCUUUUUUUCACGGCCAUGAGCUACGUCUACUCAAGGCCAUUUCCCGUCAAGUACUUCUUGUCGAAAGAGCCCGAUGCGUCAAGCACAGCCACCUACAAAUGGUGCUACAAGAUAUUCAAGCCGUUCUUCUACUCGCGCAAAGAUACGGUGGCAGUGAUGUUAUGUGGACCGGCUAAGACGGCUGCGUUGGGGGUGUCGUUAGUGACCUCACAGUACGGGUCCGACAAUUCCCAUCUUGGGAUUUUGUUGGUGCCAUUGGUUUUGUACCAGGCAGAACAGGUGUUCACGGCUGGGAUCUUGGUGAACUUUAUGCGCAAAUGGGUACACGCAGAGGACCCCAAACCGGACGUCGAGACCAUGGUGGAACAGGAGCCCGCGAGUUCUGUGGUGAAGGACGCCGAGGAUCCAAGCGUCGAGCACCAGAGUACUACCAACCUGGUCACCACCCUCUCCAAAUAGAUUUAUUAAUAGACAUUUUGUGCAAU